UUUACAGAGGAAAUCACUGCCAGUUUCCGCCGUUUUGGACCAUUGGUAGUUGAUUGGCCUCAUAAAGCUGAAAGCAAGUCUUAUUUUCCACCUAAAGGCUAUGCAUUUUUGUUAUUUCAAGAUGAAUCAUCAGUACAGGCUCUUAUUGAUGCUUGUAUACAAGAAGAUGAUAAAUUAUAUUUGUGUGUUUCUAGUCCCACAAUUAAAGAUAAGCCAGUUCAAAUUCGUCCAUGGCGUCUCAGUGAUGCAGAUUUUGUUCUUGAUGCAUCAAUGCCUCUAGAUCCUCGCAAAACUGUGUUUGUUGGUGGAGUUCCACGACCUCUAAAAGCUGUGGAAUUGGCCAUGAUUAUGGAUAGAUUAUAUGGUGGUGUGUGUUAUGCAGGCAUUGAUACUGAUCCAGAAUUAAAAUAUCCAAAAGGUGCAGGACGUGUCGCAUUUUCAAAUCAACAAAGUUAUAUUGCUGCUAUUAGUGCAAGAUUUGUACAGUUACAACAUGGUGAUAUUGAAAAAAGGGUUGAAGUUAAACCUUACGUUUUAGAUGAUCAAAUGUGUGAUGAAUGCCAGGGAGCUCGCUGUAGUGGCAAGUUUGCUCCAUUCUUCUGCGCCAAUGUUACAUGUCUACAGUACUACUGUGAACAUUGUUGGGCAACCAUUCAUUCACGGCCAGGUCGUGAAUUUCAUAAGCCUUUAGUAAAAGAAGGGGCAGAUCGACCUCGUGCUGUACCUUUCCGAUGGUGUUAGACACUAAAAUUAAAAAUUGUUGUUAUAAAAAAUUGCUGCUGAAAAAAAUAAGGCUUUUCAUCACUGAUAUUUGCAAAUAGCCUUUAAAAAUAUUCCUAGCUGAAAGAUAGGAAAAGAAUUGUUCUGUUCUUAUCAUAUGGUGAUAUAAUAAUACUGAUUGGAUAAUGAUUAAUAUAAUUAUUUAAGCUGAUGAUCAUGAAGCACAUUCUAACUAUUGACUUCUUUUACUAGUCACCUUAAAAUAGUGCCAGCAGUACAAAAUUAGCUUCUGAGGUUGAAGAUUGUUGCCUUGGGAGUUCCCUACACUUUAGUAAAAUUGUUGCCAGAUAGAUGUAUUCAUUAAUGCUUUAAUAUUCACAAAACAAAUUCAAAAAAAUUUGUCACCUGAGCAAUAAUUAUAGCCUUACCAUUGAUAUAUAUUUCUCAAAUUAAAAAAAAAAAUAUAUAUAUAUAUAAAAAAUAGAAAAUUGCCAUCUUAAAAUCAAUUUCUAUCUUAAAAUUAUUAUUAAUCUAGCAAUCUACAUGGCAUUUUUCAUUUAGGCAUUCAAAAUAUUCACACAAUGAUAGAACAUAAUUUAAGUAUUAUAAUAUAUUUAAAUGAAUUGAUCUUGCCAGCCAGUGGCAAAUGUUUUUUGGUACCUUAUUAAUUAUUACCGCAUUCAAACUAUUUACUCUCAGAAAAUGAAUGCUGGUCUUUUUAAACAAGAUGUUAUAUAGUUUCUUAAAUAAAUUUUAAUUUAAUUCUAUUUUUAAGAGAAAAAAUAUUAUAUAAAUAUAAAUUUUUGCCAAUUAUUUUUUAAAUAUUUCACAUUUAGGUUUUUGUUAUUCUUUGAAAACAGUUUUUAAAAAUAAUUUAGAUAUAUUUAUAUACAUAUAAACAGUGGAAAGUGAAUGUAUGUUGAGUUUUUGUGGUUUGAUUUUUAUUUUAUUUAUGUUUUUAAUUGUCUCUUGAAAACUAUGAGAAUAUAAAUUCUAUGUGCAUCACAUUGUAUUAUUUCUUAAAAUCCAUCAACAUAUAUUAACAUUUUAAAAUAUAGUUAUUUAAUAAUUUUUCUAAAAAUAUAGCAUCUAAUAUUUGAUGAUAUUCUCCUAGUUUACAAGAGACAAAUAUUUAUUUUCAUUUGUUGUAAAAAUUUGAAAUGUGCAUAUAAAUUAUUUUACAGACUUUUUCUGUAAAACUAAGAAUAUAAAAAUAAGCACUAUUUGUUAUUUUAAAAAAUGUAGUUAUUUCUGGUUGUGUAGCAGUGGGUCAUACAUGCCUGUAGUUCCUAAGAUAUAUAAAGAAAAAAUAUUCUUCCUCAUUCUUAGUAUAUAUGCUCAGGUUUUGAACUUCUCUGUAUUGGUUAAUUGCUGCAUGCUUUGCUUUAAACCUUGUCAUGUGUACAAGUACCGUUACGUCAUGCAUCCAAAUCUCGCCAAAAUGUUUCAAGGUAAACACCUUGUCUCUUUUUAAUAUGCUGUGUAACUGGUAUUUAUCACUUGGCAAAAGUUGUCACUCUUAGAUGUAUGGAUAAUCAGUGCACAUCCUUGCUUAUGCCUAAUGCUAAACAAUGAAAAUUUUUUCAUAGAUUUUAUCCCAAAUACUUUAUUUUAUUGUAUAGGGAGAAAGUAAUAAUAUUAAUAGUAUACUCCACUUUAACUUUUUUGGUAAGAUUUAAAAUUAUACUUCUAGUCUGUCAAUGUAUGAAUUGUAGAUAUAUAUAUAUAUAUAUUCCAUUGUUUAUUGCUAUAAUUGGUCUCAUCUCUAUGCACAUAAACUAUCUUGACUUUAUUACUAUUUUCUUUUUUAUUUUUAUUUUUAUAGUAAAUAAAAUUAUAUAUGUUUCUGGUAGCAGUAGGGACAAUCAGAAAUGUGAUGUCAAUCUAGUCAUUAAUAUACCUUUAAAGUUAAAUAGCUUAUAGAGUCAUAAGUGUAAGUAAAAAAAAACAAAAAACAAAUAUAUAUAUAUAUUUAAAAUCCUCUUACACCAUUUUGUAGUACUGAUUUAUACAGAAGUUUCUCAUAGAGAUGUCAUCGUUUUUUGUAUUUUGGAAAACUUGUUACAUUUUUGUUUAUUGGUCAUGUGGUAAAUAUUUAACAUUUUUAAUAUAAAAUAACAAACUUAUUUAUAUAUGCCUCCUGCAUGUCAGUUUCACAAAUUUUUUAGAUGUUAAAUAUAUAUUUAUAUUUUUUUGUAAUUUUGAAAUUAAGGUUGGUUUUAAAGAAAUACCCUUAGCAUUAUACCAUUCCG